UCGGUUGGUCGAAGGAGGACGGGAUGUUGUUAACUUGUCUGAAAUAGUGUGAAACAGCAACACAUUUAACCGGACGGUUUUUCAUCCUGUUUCAGAAACAGAAGAACGGCUGCUGGAGCACGAUGUUGGAGUGUGGCAUGGUGGAGCGAGACAGACGCGCUCUCCGGAGGCGCUCUGCGGUUCUGUGCAAGCAGCUGGUGGUGGAUGAGCUGCUCGUCCAGUCCUUGCAGGCAGACGACAUCCUAACCGAAAGCAUGGCAGAGAAUAUCAUGGCUGAGCAAACGUCCCACAAACGAAGCUGGCGCUUGCUACUGCUCUUACCAAAGCGGGGGCCCAGAGCCUUUAGCAGCUUCUGUUCAGCUCUGCAAGAAACUGAGCAGCAGCACCUGUACGAACUGCUCACACAAUCACCAGAAAAAGAUAGCAAAGAGACACCGGCAGAGCCUGAGGAAGAGCCCAUCAUGCAGACAACUGAAAAGAAGAGAAAGAGGUUUGUGGACUCUUUUCUCCCACUUCCCACCCAAGAAGUAAUUGCUGCCAAGAGAGCAAGGACACACGCAGAGUCCUUGGAGUUCAGUCUGGAUACUGACAGUCCCAUCAACAGCCCUGUUCUCCCUUGCACACCUGACUUUUAUCUCUCACACUGCCAGCAGUCUUACAGAAUGAAUUCAUCCCCUCGUGGCUUUGCUCUGGUGAUUAGUAACGUGACCUUUGAUCUUUGUGCUGCGCCUGACCUUGACACUAGGAAGGGAGGUGAGGUGGACGACGAAGUCCUCAGGAAAGUCUUCACUGAGCUGGACUACUUGGUUACAGUCCACAGAGACCUCACAGCUCAGGGCAUGAGGGCGUGCAUUGAGAACUUUUGUCAACGACCAGAUCACCGAACAAUGGACAGCUCUGUGGUGUGUCUGCUCUCCCACGGAGUGGAAGGAGCUAUUUAUGGUACAGACGGACAGCUUCUGCAGCUUGACUGGGUGUUUGAGUCCUUUGACAACGCGCGCUGCCCCCUGCUCCAGAACAAGCCAAAGAUGUUCUUUAUCCAGGCCUGCAGAGGAGAGGAGAUGGACUGUGGAGUGGAAGAGAUCGAUGGGCCGGCGAGGACCAGCUCGCCGAGCUGUGAACAGAGGGAUGCGGGGCGGGAAGGACAAGGGGACGCAAACUCCAGACAGAGAGGGGACACGGGCCGGCCCAGGAUCAAACUGCCCCAGCGCUCUGACAUGAUCUGUGGCUUUGCGUCUCUCAAAGGUCAGAGCAUUUGCACAGCAGCCAUGCGGAACACCAAGAGAGGAUCCUGGUUCAUCCAGGAACUUAACGCAACACUGCGCCUCCAUGCCAGAGACAAACACCUUGCAGACAUCAUGGUGCAGGACGUCACUGUAUUCCUCUUCCUCUUGUCUCCGGUCCGUCUCCAGGUCAACGGUCAUAUUAAGGAGCGGGAGGGUUACGCUCCUGGCACCACGCACCAUCGCUGCAAAGAGAUGUCGGAGUUCACCAGCUCACUAUGCAAAGACCUCUACCUUUUCCCCAAGUACCAGCCCCAGUAUUGAUACAUGCAAAUGUGUUCACGCACACACACAUGCACACACACACACAGAACAUUCCUUGCAAAAAGCCAGAACGGUUAAUUUCACUCCAAUUACUGCCACACACUUGCACAUUCCUCCUUUACAAAUUCACAUCCAACAAGAAGAUUCGUUCAUUCAUAUUUCCUGUGUGAAUACUGCCUCAUCAGACAUGCACAACCCCACACACGCGCGCGCACGCACACAUAUUUUGGAAAGAACGCUUAUGUUAAUCUACAUGUUCUCAGAAUUGAGCGAUGUGUUGGCGAACAACUUACUCAAGCACCUGUGUGUCUGCGUCUAUGCCAGUUAGAAGGUUUAGUUGGUAAUCCUUUAGUCAAAGACAGAUAUCUUGUUGUUGUUUUCUUACUGCACAGCUACUUUGAGGUUUCACGCUCUCUUUUUAAGAUGUAUUUUGUACACAGAUCUAUUUUUGUGGAUUAUUUUAUAUGGAAUUGUUUUAUAAGGAUUUUAAAGCCCAUUCUCUUUAUUUGUAAAUAAUGUUUGUUAUAAAUUGUGACGUUUUUUGUUCUUUUGUAUAGUGACAGGCAGGGGGCAGCACGAAAUGCAGCAAAUGCUUUUCAACUCUUCAUCCCCAGAUUUACAAUUCAGUUGCUUUUAUGAGAGGCACAGUUGGCUACAGUGGUGAUGAAACUGUCCAUCUCUGCAGCAGAUCUUGACCUGCUCUCAUUGACUUGUUUCCCGAAGCAGAGGAAGAGAAACCUAUAGCGCAGCUUCAAAACAAGACCUCGAGUUGUCUGUCUUUUGAUUUGUAGCUUUUUGUUUGUGGACGUUCAAUCAGGAAAAGUAAGCUUUUUAAUUUCAUAAAGGGCACCCCCACUGUAAAUGCCACUUCAUAUCAACUGUGUUACUGUAACCCUGUCAGGCUGGUGUGGUGCUACUUGUGAGGUAAUUCACCUGCAUUGUGAAUUCUGACCUUUUUGCUAACGCUGACUUCCUCCAGUGUGUCUCCCUGUGGGUGGGAGCAGCGCAUGCAGUCAGUCCCCUUACAGUUAACGUGGUAUCUUACUGUAUCUGAUACAGUAAAUAUAAGACAUGUAUUUUGUCUUUCAUAAGCAAUAUGCAUAUUUUUAACAGCUUCUUCAAAAAGAUGAUAUUUUUGAAGAUAUUAUGACAAUAGAGCUUUCGGAAUAUAUUCUAUCUCUUUGGCCCACGUCCACACAGAUGAAUCCAUUUCUCGAGGCUGUGUAAGUGUUGAUGAUUCCCAGAAAAGCCCCGAUCAGACAAACUUGUGUUUUGUUACAACAGUGUUGUAGUGGGGGAAACAGAGGGCAUGGUCGAAACAGUAUUGAUUGUUACCAUCUGUGUGCUUUCAAGCUGUGUGUGAGCUUGUCACGCCUGGCUCAAAAGCAUGGGGUAGCGUUUCCCCUGGUUCGGAAGUUGCUCACUCUUAUCCUUUUGGUUUGUAUCUAUUAUUUAAACACAAACAUUGGAGGAGCAUAACUGGGUUGCACUCCUGCAGGGGGAAACGUUUUCACGGUGGGUAUUUUCUGCCGAGCUUGUCUGAGGUGCAAGGUUGAAGGGGCCGGGAGAUAUUUUGUUUCUGUCAACACCAAAGACUGCCAAAUGUUCUCUACAAUAAACAGGCCAUGGUUUUUAAACAAGACAAA